GUGUGUGAAUGUGAGUGUGAAUGUUGUCUGUCUAUCUGUGUCGGCCCUGCGAUGAGGUGGCGACAUGUCCAGGGUGUACCCCGCCUUCCGCCCGAUUGUAGCUGAGAUAGGCGCCAGCGCCCCCCGCAACCCCAAAAGGGAAUAAGCAGUAGAAAAUGGAUGGAUGUAUGCCACCCAGGCAAAAAAAAAAAGGGUGCGAGGUUGGAGUUCAAAGUAGUGAUGUGUCAGAAAGAACCUGUUUUUAAUAUUUCUUUCUAUCUGACUGGCUCCUUUUCCCCUGCAUGAUGAAUGAGAGGUGAAAAGAUGCAAUGUAUGUCCAGUAUUGGAGGCGUGGCCACACAGGGAUGAGGUUUGCAGAGUAAACAAGUGGGCGGGGCUCGGAGCAUUCCAGCAGUGUGCAACAUGAAUAUUCCUCUUAUGAGCAGACGUGGUGGCACAGCAGACAGAGGGAUGCUUUGUCCACGUCCUGCACCUUCCAUCUUGUCCACUCCUGCACGUCCUUCAGUCCUCCAGCACACCAGGAGCUACAUAAGCGGUAGAAAAUGGAUGGAUGGAUGCUCUCUCUUCACUGCCGGGUGCUCCUGCUCAGCCUUACUCUACAGGGUGUGAGCAGGGUUGAGGUCCAUGGGCAGAGAGCGGCCCGAGGAGGGGAGAAGAGUCCGCCUAAGAGGCUUGAGUUCUGUCACUGGCCCUGCAAGUGUGGCCCACGCCCGCAGUGUCAGCCCGGGGUGAGUUUGGUGCUGGACGGCUGUGGCUGCUGCAAGAGAUGUGCCAGACAAAUAGGAGAUGUGUGCAAUGAGCGGGAUGUGUGUGACCCUCACAAGAACAUGUACUGUGACUUCUCUGCUGACUCACCCACCUUCCAACUGGGAGUCUGUGCCUACAUGAUGGCAAUUGGAUGUGACCUGAAUGGAGGCCAGUAUGAGAAUGGAGAGGCGUUCCAGCCUAGUCCUCUGUACAAGUGCACCUGCAUCGGAGGAUCCAUCGGAUGUACUCCAGCAUUCUUGCAGAAGCCUGCUGCACUUCUGGGACCCGCCCCACUGAUGGGAAACAAAGCAGCCAGCCUGAGUCCAAGGAAACAUGCCCAGGACACGGUCUACAUGUCAGCUUACAGGGAUCCUAACGUGGCCUGGAAGAAGAACUGUCUGGUCCAGACCACCAUGUGGAGUCCCUGCUCCAAGUCCUGCGGCCUGGGCAUCUCCGUGCGCGUCAGCAACGACAACCGCGAAUGUGAGAUGAGCAAGGAGCGGCGCCUGUGUCUGCUGCGCCCGUGCGGGAGGAACACCAGGAGCGCCACUAAGGUGGCAAAAGGGAAAAGAUGCCAACCUCAGUUCCAGGCAACAAGAGGAGAAGUGCUGAGACUGUCAGGCUGCACCAGCACCAGGAGGUUCCGGCCCACCUACUGCGGCACCUGCACCCACCAGCGCUGCUGCACCCCCAACAAGUCCCGCAUCAUCAAGGUCACCUUCAGCUGCUCGGGGGGCGCUCGGGUGGACUGGAAGAUGCAGUGGAUCACUUCCUGUGUUUGUCAGAAGACUUGUGCUCAGUCAGGGGACAUGUUCUCUGACCUUCACCUCAUCUGACCUUCACCUCAUCAUCUGACCUGCACCUCAUCUGACCUUCACCUCAUCUGACCUUCACCUCAUCUGACCUUCACCUCAUCUGACCUUCACCUCUCAUCAUCGGACAUGCACCUCAUCUGACCUCCACCUCAUCUGACCUGCACCUCAUCUGACCUCCACCUCAUCUGACCUUCACCUCAUCUGACCUUCACCUCAUCUGACCUGCACCUCAUCUGACCUUCACCUCAUCUGACCUCCACCUCAUCUGACCUGCACCUCAUCUGACCUUCACCUCAUCUGACCUUCACCUCAUCUGACCUGCACCUCAUCUGACCUUCACCUCAUCUGACCUCCACCUCAUCUGACCUGCACCUCAUCUGACCUUCACCUCAUCUGACCUCCAACUCAUCUGACCUGCACCUCAUCUGACCUUCAACUCAUCUGACCUUCACCUCAUCUGACUUUCACCUCUCAUCAUCUGACCUUCACCUCAUCUGACCUCCACCUCAUCUGACCUUCACCUCAUCUGACUUUCACCUCUCAUCAUCUGACCUUCACCUCAUCUGACCUUCACCUCAUCUGACCUUCACCUCUCAUCAUCUGACCAGCAACUAAUCUGACCUUCACCUCAUCUGACCUUCACCUCAUCUGACCUUCACCUCUUCUGACCUUCACCUCUCAUCAUCUGACCAGCAACUAAUCUGACCUUCACCUCUCAUCAUCUGACCUGCACCUCAUCUGACCUUCACCUCUCAUCAUCUGACCAGCAACUAAUCUGACCUGCACUUCAUCUGACCUUCACCUCUCAUCACCUCACUUUCACCUCUUAUCAUCUGACCUUCACCUCUCAUCAACUAUCAUCAUCUGACCUUCACCUCUCAUCACCUCACCUUCACCAUCUGACCUUGACCUCUCAUCACCUCACCUUCACCUCUUAUCAUCUGACCUUCACCUCUCAUCACCUCACCUUGACCUCUCAUCAUCUGACCUUCACCUCUCAUCACCUCUUAUCAUCUGACCUUCACCUCUCAUCACCUCACUUUCACCUCUCAUCAUCUGACCUUCAUCUCUCAUCACCUCACCUUCACCAUCUGACCUUCACCUCUCAUCACCUGACCUUCACCUCUCAUCACCUAUCAUCAUGUGACCUUCAUCUCUCAUCACCUCACCUUCACCUUUCUCCAACUUCACCUCUGAUCAUGUGACCCAGGGGUCCCCAAACUACGGCCUGUGGGUGGUCCUGAGAAAAAAAAUAAAAAUCCUGGGGGGUUGUAUAAAUAUACAUAUAUAUAUAUAUAUAUAUAUAUAUAUAUAUAUAUAUAUAUAUAUAUACCUGGGGAUAGGUUGAUUGGCAACACUAAAUUGGCCCUAGUGUGUGAAUGUGAGUGUGAAUGUUGUCUGUCUAUCUGUGUUGGCCCUGUGAUGAGGUGGCGACUUGUCCAGGGUGUACCCCGCCUUCCGCCCGAUUGUAGCUGAGAUAGGCGCCAGCGCCCCC